GUCUAGGGAGGGAAUUUCUUUCCUCCCAGGUGAGCCGAAGCUUGGAGGCCUGCAGGGGCCAAAGAGUGGCAGAACCAGUAGACCCAGUUCCCGGCUUAACCAGUGCAGGGCAGCCUGAAUCAGGAGAGGGAGCUGGCCCAGCUUUGCCCUGCCCCAUCUCUGUGGGGAGGGAGGGGUCUCUUGUCUCUCUCUAGACCACAAGGAAAUCGGCUUGAUCAACAUUUCUGCCCAGCCAUCGGAUCACGUCUGGUUUACUGGGACCGUAUCGAUCGACAACCUUUUAGAAGGUCUUGGUGUCACCCAUAUUUCCCUUUCUAUUGCAUAAAGACAGAAUCCAUCAAAAGGGAUAAAUAAUUUAUCCGCCAUGUUGGAAGCAGUUUUUGAUUACAGUCCAAAUAAGGAAGAGAAAGACUUGAGCAGUCCUCAAGCAGGAAGAGGUCCCAGCGCUACCCUUCCUGUGGGAGAUGGUGAUUCCUGGAAUGGAAAUCUGCAGCAGGUUCAGGAGGAGUCCCUUCAUGGCUCAUAUGUCCAGCGCCGGAGCUUCUCGCAGUUCUACUACAAAGAAGCGGAAGGGCCCCGAGAAGCUUGCGCCCGACUCCAUGAACUCUGCCAUCAGUGGUUGAAACCAGAAAGGCACACAAAAGCUGAGAUCCUGGACCUGGUGGUCCUGGAUCAGUUCCUGGCCAUCCUUCCCCCGGAGAUGUCCAGCUGGGUGAGGGAAUGUGGAGCGGAGAGCAGUUCCCAGGCGGUGGCCCUGGCUGAAGGCUUCCUCUUGAGUCAGGCCGAGGAGAAGAAGCAAGAAGAACGGAAGAAGAAAGAGAAGGAACAGCAGGAGAUGCUCUUCGCAGAGAUUCCCGAGGCAGAGAAGAUUCCACCAGAGGCUGGAGACACAGCGUGGACCCCACAAAGCCGUCCAAGCUUUGUUGUUAAUUCCGCUACUUGGGCAACAAGCUCUGAUAAAAUGGACCAGGUAACUUUUGAGGAAGUGGCUGUCUAUUUUACUGAGGAGGAAUGGACCCUGCUGGAUCCGGACCAAAGGUCUCUGCACACGGAAGUCAUGGAAGAGAAUUUGGGGACGGUGGCCUCUCUGGGAAGUGGUGGGCAAGAGGGCGCAAAUGAAAGACACAAAGGAAAGAAGAGGCCUUUCCAGACUUUGCAGGCUAAAUGUCAUUGCCUUGAAUGUGGAAGAAGUUUCAGUUGUAAGUCAAGUCUGAAUCUUCACAGGAGAACUCACACAGGUGGGAAGUCUUUCAGUCAGAGCUCCAUCCUUAGGAUACACCCCAAAAGUCACACAGGGCAGAAAUUCUUCAAAUCCACGAUGAGCGGAAAUAGUUUCAGGCAGAAGACACACCUCAUUCGUCAUCAAGCAGCCCACACAAGAGACAAACCGUAUGGAUGCUUGGAGUGUGGAAAGAGCUUCAAUCAGAGGUCAACUUUGAUUACACACAUGAAAAUUCAUACAGGGGAUAAACCAUUUGUGUGCUUGGAAUGCGGAAAGUGUUUCAGUCAGAGGUCACAUCUCUUGACGCAUGAAGUAACACACACAGGAGAGAAACCAUAUACAUGUAUGGAUUGCGGAAAAAGUUUCAGUCAGAAGACACACCUCACUUGCCACCAAGUAAUCCACACAGGGGAGAAACCAUUCAAAUGCUCGCAGUGUGGAAAGAGCUUUAGUCACAGGUCAAAUCUUACAGCACAUGAGAAAAUUCACACUGCAGGGAAGCCAUUGAAAAACUUGUAUUCUGAGCAGAGCUUCAGUCAGAGUUCACAUCUUAUAUCACAUGAAACAAUCCACACCGGGGAGGAACCAUUCAAAGGCUUGGAGUACGGAAAAAGCUUCAGUCAGAACUCAGCUCUUCUGAUGCAUCAAACAACCCACACAGGAAAGAAACCAUUUAAAUACUUGGAGUGUGGAAGAAAAUUUGGUCAGAAGAUGUACCUCACUUGUCAACAAGUAACUCCCACAGCGGAGAAACCGUUCAAAUGCUUCAAGUGUGGAAAGUAUUUCAGUCAGAGCUCUGCCCUUAAGAUACACCAAAAAAUUCACACAGGUGAGAAACCGUUUGAAUGCUUGGAAUGUGGGAAAAAAUUCGGUCGGAAGUACUACCUUACUUGUCAUCAAGUAACCCACACAGGGGAGAAACCGUACGAAUGCUUGGAGUGUGGGAAGGGCUUCAAUCAGAAUUCACACCUCAUAUCACACCAGAGAAUUCACACAGGGGAGAAACCGUUCAAAUGUUUGCAGUGUGGGAAGGGCUUUAGUCAGAAUUCACACCUUAUGUCGCACCUGAGAAUUCACACAGGGGAGAAACCAUUCAUAUGCUUGCAGUGUGGGAAGAGCUUCAACCAGAGGUCAACGCUUAAGAGGCACAUGAACAUUCACAUGGUGGAGAAACCCUAUAAAUGCUUGGUGUGUGGGAAGAGCUUUAGCCAGAGUUCACCCCUUCUGACGCACCAAAGAAUUCACACAGGGGACAAACCAUUUAAGUGCUCACAUUGUGGAAAGAGCUUUAGUCAGAAUUCACACCUUAUGUCGCAUCUACGAACUCACACAGGGGAGAAACCGUUCAGAUGUUUGGAGUGUGGGAAGAGCUUCAAUCAGAGAUCAACCCUUAAGAGACACAUGAACGUUCACACGGUGGAGAAACCAUUUAAAUGCUUGGAGUGUGGGAAGAGCUUUAGUCAGAGUUUACUCCUUAUGUCACACCAAAAAAUCCACACUGGGGAGAAACCAUUUAAGUGCUUGGAGUGUGGGAAGUGCUUCACACAGAGUUCAAUGCUUAAGAGACACAUGAAUGUCCACACGAUGGAGAAGCCAUUUAAAUGCUUGGAGUGCGGGAAGAGCUUUGCUCAGAAUUCAUAUCUUCUGUUACAUCAGAGGAUUCACGAAGAGGAGAAAUACUUGGAAUGUGGAGAAAGUUUCAGUCAGAAUAUGUAUCUCAAUUGCUAUGAAGCAACUCACACACAGGAGGAGCCAUUUAAUGUUCUUUCGGAGACAGAAAGUGAUGUAAGCAUGGAAGUUUGGAAAGGGAUGGUUAAUAGCCUGGCAGCUGAUGAGAACUAUUAGAUGCUGAAAAGCCAUUUAUAUUAUAUCCCCAUAGCUCCCAUUAGUAGAUAUUUGAGAAAUCUCUCUCUCUGUUUAAUUAAACUUAGUUAGGAUAGUAUCAAAUAAACCUGUGGGAUCGUGAAUUCAUUUAAGUGUACCUGAUGUAGAGCCAAGCUUGCUUUUCAGUGUGACUUUUGAGUGCUGUCAUUAAUUUAUGUUAUACAGUGGUGCCUCGCUUAACAACGAUAAUCUGUUCCAGGACGUUAAGCGAAAACAUCAUA